AAUUUAAAUGUUUAAUUAAUACUUUACCAUCUACCAGAGACUACCACCAGAAUUACGUGUGGAAGUGAUAUACUGACAUCGCACUCUUCAAAAUUUUUGGUUAACAGUUUUUUUUUAGUGUCUUUAAAAGAAAAAAAAAAUGUCCUCAAAAAAAACAACUGGUUAACAUUGUUCAAAAUAAAAAGCUAGCCUAUCUAUUUUUCUCUAUCUUCUUUCUAUUCAGUAUCUUGUUUCUAUUUAAUAAAAACAAGAAGAAGAUGGAUGAAAUUGCAAAAGAAAAGAAGGUGUGUGUAACAGGAGCAUCUGGUUACAUAGCUUCAUGGCUUGUCAAAUUAUUGCUUCAACGUGGUUAUACUGUCAAUGCUACUGUUCGUAACCCAAAUGAUUCCGAUAAAACAGAGCAUUUGCUGAAAUUGGAAGGUGCAAAAGAAAGGUUACAUUUUUUCAAAGCAAAUCUAAUUGAAGAAGGCUCCUUUGACUCCGCUAUUGUUGGAUGUGAAGGUGUUUUUCACACUGCUUCCCCAGUUGUUUUUAGUCCCAAAGAUCCCCAGGUCGAUUUACUUGACCCGGCCAUCAAGGGAACACUUAAUAUUCUAGCAUCUUGUAAGAAGUUUCCAGCCGUAAGACGAGUGGUUUUAACUUCAUCUAUGGCAACAUCUACUUUUACUAGUAGACCCUUAACUCCUGAUGUGGUGGUUGAUGAAACUUGGUUUUCUGAUCCUGAAUUAUGCAAGGGUUCAGAUAUGAUGUAUUAUGUACUCUCAAAAGUAUUAGCCGAAGAAGCGGCUUGGAAAUAUGCCAAAGAGAAUGACAUUGACAUGGUGUCUAUCAAUCCUUCCAUGGUCAUUGGGCCUAUGUUGAAGCCAACUAUUAAUGAUAGUGUAGCUUCAAUAUUAAACUUAAUUAAUGGGUCUGAUUAUUAUCCAGACUUAGCAUGUCCAUGGGUACACGUUAAAGAUGUCGCGGAAGCUCAUAUACGUGCAUUUGAAAUUCCUUCAGCUAAGGGACGAUAUAAUUUAGGUGGAAGGGUGUUACAUUUUUCUGAUGUUAAGAAGAUAUUGCAUGAGCUCUAUCCCUCUAUAAAGCUUCCUAAUAAGUGUGUGGAUGUUGGUGACGCUUUACCAAAAACAAUUUAUCAACUUUCAAACGUUAAAGUCAAAAGUUUGGGCAUUAUUGAGUAUAUACCUUUCGAAGUAAGCCUUAAAGAGACUGUGGAAAAUCUGAAGGAGUUGAAAUUUGUUUAGUUUGUUAAACUUCAAUUAAUGAUGCCAAUUAUAAAUUAUGCUACUUCUAUUUUCUUCUAAUUGUAUAGCUUGAAUUUAGAACUAUUUAUUCAUUUAUUAGCUUUGACUAUGUAUGUUACUACAUAAUUUAUAAAUAUAAUGUAUCGAUGCAAGAUGUUAUUAUCUUCA